CUGUGUCGAAUAGAUACGCACCCAUCUCUAGCUGUCCAUGUCCAUAUAUCCACGAGGAAGCACUGGAAAAUGGCGUAUGGACAAAGCUGAAUGCAGUCCGGAGGCAGCAAAGAAAUUUCAAACUACUACCCACGAGGGAGCGUGGGACUUGGGACACCAGGAGAUCGGUGGUAGAAUACUCACCUGCCAGGGAGUUACGAUCAUGGAGAAGCAGAUAAAGCCAUUACUAGAACAAAAUAGCAAUGCCCAGCUAUUAGGAAUAUUAGCUGCUGUUUUUGCUAUUAUCUUAACGUUAGUCUUGUUCGUGGUUUGGCGUAGGAGAAAAUCUACAGGUCAAGGUAUCCUCUUAACAGGUCUUAGUGAUACCGGAAAAACAUUAAUCUAUGCAAGGUUAAUAUGUUCUCAAUUUGUGAAGACAUAUACAUCUGUUAAGGAAAAUAUAGGAAACAUCACAGUUAAUAAUAGUUCCUUGAGAAUAGUAGAUAUUCCUGGGGAUGAACGACUUCGCAAUAAAUAUUUUGAUAAGUAUAAAUCAUCUGCUAAGGGACUGGUCUAUGUAAUUGACUCUGUGACUAUUCAAAAAGAAAUUAGGGAUGUGGCAGAGUACUUGUACAACUUAUUGUCAGAUCCUUACAUGCAAAAGAACAUUCCAGUUCUUAUAUUAUGCAACAAACAAGAUCAGGUCAUGGCCAAAGGAUGUGCAGUGAUAAAGACAUUAUUAGAAAAGGAGAUGAAUUUAUUACGAAUGACAAAGUCUAGUCAGCUAGAGACUACUGAUGCAUCAUCAGUUAAUGUCUUCCUUGGAAAGCAGGGCAAAGAUUUUGAAUUUUCGCAUCUGGAUUCACAAAUAGAGUUUGCAAAUUCCUAUGUUUUUAACAAGGAUCCUAAUGUAGAAGUGGAUAUUGACGAAUUGAAGAAAUGGUUACAAAAAGUUGCAUAGUAACGGAUACUGCUUUUUUUUUUAAUAUAAGUUACUUGUAUUUUUCGUCUUUGUCUAAAACUUUGUUUUCAAAUAAACUUCUAGAAAAUAUAAAA